UGCCGCCGACCACAACAGCUCCUCACCCUCUCAUGAUUGCGAUAUCGAGGGUUGUACAUGUACGAUUGCAAUUGCCCUUGUGUCGACCACUAGCCUUCUGUUCUUUCCUAUUGUUCCAUUGCUCGGGCUGCGCUUGAUUGUGACGCAAUGCGUCGGUUCGGCAUCGUUGCUACGGCGCUUCUGGCAGGCGUCGCGGACGCUUCGACACUCACCCCGCCUGUCCUUCCUCUGAUCGUGAGGAACCCGUAUCUGAGUACUUGGCUCGGGAACGCGCGGGAAGAGCCAUGGCACAAGUGGCCUAUGUUUUGGACUGGUAGCGAGGUCGGAUUUGGCGUCCUUGCUUCCCUCCCCGACACGAGCCAAGUAUUCCCGCUGCUGGGCCGGCCCCACGACUCCCUGGAUGAAGACGAGACACAAUACAGCAUCUCCUUCCCCAUAUACAAAGGCGCAAAGUAUGACGCUUCGACAACAAACCUCACGUAUGCCCUCCCAGCGCCGGAGAAGUUCCCGGACGCCGACGACCUCGAGAUUACACUCUCCUUCCUCUCCCCCAUUACACCGACCUCGACUCUGCGGCAGUCGAUUCCCGCGACAUACCUUACAGUAUAUGCGGAAGGCAGCUUCGAUGUUGACAUCUACAUUGACGUCAACGGACAAUGGGUUAGCGGAAAGCGCGAGAGCCUCAUCCAAUGGGGCCUAACGCAGCAGGGAGCUGUUGGAAUACCAAAGGGGCUCAAGACCUGGAAAGUCAAGCGCCAGGUCGAGCAGGUCUUUACGGAGUCCUGGGACCAGCCUGAGUGGGGGCAGCUGCACUUCACGGGCCCUGAGGACGUCCGCCAUGAAUGUGGUACCUCGGCUCUGCUUCGCCAGCGAUUCGCUCGGACCGGAACACUGCAGAAUGAGAUCGAUGAGUCGUUCCGCGGCAUCAUGGAUGAGGAGCCUGUCUUUGCCUUCUCCAAGUCCUUCAAGCUGGAGAAGACAGCACCUAAGACCGCUUCGAAGAGUAGCAGUGUCCUGUUCACCAUUACCCAUAUCCAAAAUCCGGUCACUCAGUAUGCGUCUGCUCGAGGCCUGACAUUCAUGCGCCCACUGUGGAAGUCCUGGUUUCCCACCGAUGACAAGCUCAUUCAGUUCCACUACGGCGACUUCGAAAAUGCAAAUAUUUUGGCUUCCAACUACUCCGAGCAGCUACGCCUCGACGCAUACAAGUCAGGCUCCGACAACUAUGUCGAUAUAGUGGCCCUGUCUGCACGCCAGGCAAUGGGUGCUACAAGCUUCUCGGGCACUCCGGAAAGUCCGCUCUUGUUCCUGAAGGAGAUUUCUUCGAACGGAAACUGUCAGACCGUCGACGUGAUAUUCCCAGCAUUCCCCUUCUUCCUCUACACCAACCCGAGGUGGGCCGCCUACCUUCUGGAGCCCUUGAUCGAACACCAGCUCAGCGGGCAGUAUCCGAACAAAUAUUCGAUGCACGAUCUUGGCGCCCAUUUCCCCAACCUCACCGGGCACGCGGACGGAAGGGACGAAUACAUGCCCGUUGAGGAGUGUGGAGACAUGCUCAUCAUGGGCCUUGCGCUCGUGAAUUCGAUGACGUACGACUCCGAUGAGGAGGCACAGUCGAUCUGGUCGACGGUGGGAGACAAGACCGAAUUUACCGCGCAAAACAAGAAGCCAUUCGCGUUGACAAACCUGGGUACGCAGGACGGUAUUGCAUACAUCGAUGACUCCUGGGGCGGCGGUGCGAAAGGGGUGAAUCAAGCGAAGAAGUGGCUGGAAGGGAGCUAUGACCUGUGGAAACAAUGGACGGGCUAUCUCGUCGAGGACGCUCUAUGGCCUCACAAUCAGCUCUGUACCGAUGACUUCGCCGGCUGGCUUGCGCUGCAGACGAACCUCGCCCUUAAAGGCAUUGUCGGCAUUAAGGCUUUUAGCGAGCUCGCGGACCUGCUCGACCGCUCCGGCGACGCAAAGCACUAUCGAAACAUAUCCGAGGACUACAUCAAGAAAUGGCAGGAAUACGGUAUCUCGCGCGAUGGCUCUCACGCCAAACUCGCAUACGACUGGUACGGCAGUUGGACGACGCUCUACUCGCUUUAUGCCGAUGCGCUUCUCUGCUUCCACCCAUCCAUCACAAAUGCAUCAUCCGAACAACCGCCCUCCGCCUUCUUGUCCAGCGAUCAUGAGCACCAGAAGCCUCUUAAGCCCAUUGACCCCAACAGCGGCCGCACACCUGUAACGGAAGACUUCAUCCCAUCGCAUAUUUACAAGAUCCAAUCGUCUUGGUACUCCGCUGUGAUGCAGAAAUAUGGAUUGCCUCUCGACUCGCGCCACCUAUACGCCAAGUCCGACUGGGAAUUCGAAGCCGCCGCUGUGGCGUCCAAGAAAGUGCGCAGCGAGAUUCUGGACCGUGUGGCACUGUGGCUGAACGAGACGGUCUCGGAUCGCGCGUUCACUGACUUGUAUAAGACGGAGGGCGAUGGUGGAUUCCCGGGCCCGAAUUUCUUUGCCCGACCGGUGGUGGGAGGGCAUUUUGCGUUCCUGACUAUUGAGAGGGCUUGUGGAGGGAAGGCAAUGGAGGGCUUGAAGUUCUUGGAAGAGCAGGAUUAGCCGUGGUGGAAGAGGUAACCGUGGUGGACGAGGGAUCACAUGCAUGGGACGUCCAGGGGGAUGAGCGUUGGGAAGUUGGGGAGGAAAUUUUACGCGUACCUCGCCGUGGUACUUGGUCGAUGGUAGCAAAAGGUCGGUACAGCCUAUGGCA